AUGAAUACUAUUGUGCUUUUCGGUCUCUUGGCCCUUUUUGUCGGAGAUGUCACCGGACAGUCGUGUAACACUGGAGGCAUCUACAGUGCGCAGUUCAACAGGUAGGCGAUCACUGUAGCGACUUUUGGGACUUCUCGAAACCGGUUGCAAAGCAUGGAAAUACAAAGAAACACGGUUUCGAGAAGUCUUCUCAUGGACGUUUCGAAACCAGCCAUUCUGUAACUGGGACUCUAUGGUUUCAAAACGUUCUUGGAAAUAUUAUCGAUGCACCAUGGUUAGCCUAAAAGUGUUCAAUGAUAAAUAUCAUAGAAUGACAUCAAUAGACACAGUUAACUAUAUGUAUCGAUAACGGGGUAUUAGGAAUUGGGAAUUGAGAAUCAGACCACUUUUCACGAAAUGAUUAGAAAUGGUACUUUGAUUUCAAGGUGUUACCAAUACUUCACCGCGCCGGCUCAAUUCGAAUUCGCCGAAGAGCAGUGCAAUUUGCUCGGCGGCCACUUGGCAUCGGUCCAAAACGGACAGGAGAACGCGCUGGUGCAGGGAAACGCGGCGGUCGCAUUCAAAAAGUCCAACUACUCGGACUACUGGAUCGGCGCCAACGACCUGCAAGUGUCCGGCACGUGGAAGUGGACCGACGGAUCCGUCACCUUCGACUACCAGGACUGGCAGAUCGGAGAGCCGCAGCAGGGCGCCGACUGCGCCAUUCAGGACAAGGGCGACGGUACUUGGUCGGCCAUCGGAUGCACUUCCUACAGACCGUACGUCUGUGUGACGCCCGUCAUCCAGACUGCCACGUGUCCGCCCAUCACCACACCAGCACGUUAGUUUUUUUGUUUUUAAUUCAUUUCGAAGACAUUAACUUCCAAACAAACCCAGUAGUUUAGUUUAGACAUGACCGGUUUGAACUGAUUUUCCGAGUACCCUAUCGCGAAACGUCACACUUAAUGCUCGAAUGCUCGAAUGUUGCAGCAACGACGUGUCCAACUCCGACGCCGUGUCCCGUGAAGACGUGUGUUCCCUCGUGCGACAUGGGAUGGACGUACUUCGCGCCGACCGAUUACUGCUAUCGCGUCUACCACAAUGCGAAAUGGGACGACGCCGAGGCGGCGUGUAUCAUUCUCGGAGCACAUCUCGCGUCGGUGCACACCGAGACUGAGAACACCUUUGUGAAUAGUGAGUUUGUGGUCUCGAUAGGGUCCUGAAGAACAUUUGAAGAGUCCCAGAGAAAAGUUUGAAUUUCGAAUCCGAUUCCAAAUCUCUCUCUUGCAGACCUUGCCUCGUGCGGAGUGAAAGAAGGAAACCCGAAGGACCUCGCGUGGAUCGGAAUGCACAAAGUCGGCCAGGACUGGGUUUGGACCGACGGAACCCCCUCGGACUACUUCAACUGGGCGCCCAAACAACCGGACAACCCGAGCAAGGAACUGUGCGUCGAGACGGCGCCGGAUCUCUCGCACGACAAAUGGUACGAGAACUGGAACAACGAGGAGUGCAACACAAUCAUGAGGGCCUACGUCUGCAAGAAGGGAUCCAUCCAUGCUUGA